AGACCCACCGUUCGUCUUCCACAUAUUCCACGUGAAUCGCUCAGCACUGCCGUGCGAUCUAGAGUUGGUAAAGCACGCAGAGCAGAGGAAGACGGUGGUGAUCUGCAUCGUGUGGAUUGCGACCGCUCUCGUUUAUUACGGGCUCGUGAUUGGUGAGGGCUUUUUUUAUUAUUUUUAUUGUUAUUUGUUAUUAUUAUUUGUUAUUUGUUAUUAUUAUUUUUAUUUUUAUUUUUAUUUGUUAUUAUUAUUGUUAUUGUUAUUGUUAUUAUUGUUAUUAGUAUUAUUGUUAUUGUUAUUGUUAUUAUUAUUGAUACUAUUAUUGUUAUUAUUAUUAUUAUUAUUAGUAUUAUUAUAA